CGUUGGUCUCGGUUAGAUCGUUCUAUCAUAUCGUCGUCGACGUCGUCGUUUUCAAAACCCGCGCGCCGUAUAUUCGUUGAUUUACCGCGCUCAUUGCCGGAUACCAACCAACAACAACAACAACCGUCGUCGGUUCGGGGGCAUUCAUUCGAGCGUGUGAGCGAGAGAGAGAAAGUGAAACCGCGUUGUUCCGCCGCCUGGUCGCGUAUUCUGGUUUUGUGUGUUGAAUCCGUUGAGCGGGACGCGCGCCGCCACCGCCGCCGUACCCUUGUGUGUGUAUUGGUACCUCUGAGCGGGGCUUCUGCGGUGUGUAACCGCACACUGCCACCCACCAACCGCCCGUGCCAAAGAGCUGGGUCUAGAAGAGAGUGGUGGAGCAGCGGAGGAGAUCUUCCGUUUCACCACAGCUUUUAAUUCAUUCAAACCGGCAAACCGCCACCGCCGUCGUCGUUUUCGUCUUCGUCGCCGCCACCGUUGUCGUUUGAGCCGCCGAAAAUCCCACAUGGUGCGCUGUGCUAUAGAGCGCGAGUGGGAUUAUAAAUAGUUUGACUAAUCAAGUUGUAGGAGACGGUGGAAAGCAGGAGGAGGAGGAGGAAGAAGAAAAAGAAGGCAAACGUCGAACAGAGAAAGCGUGCGUUGGUGUGCUUUAAUUUUUCCUAAACGAUUCGACGCGUGUUUGACAUUUUGGGUCACCGUUGUCGUCGUCGUCGUCGGCUCCGUCGGCUCAUGUGCGCUCUCAGUGAUUGUGUGAGCAGCAGUGCCCGGGAAUUAAACGUUGAUUAAUGCUUGAAAGUUGAGUGAACCGUUUGACGGGGAAGCAAUUGUGGAUGCUAGAAGAAGCAGUAAUCAAGUGCUUCAGAUUGGCGACGAGUUGAGCAGCUGAACGUGUUCGAUGAUUGCUGAGCAGAGUCGGCUUACAUUGGAUUACCUGUAGCUGUUUAGAAGUGAAACAUUUUCCGUGGAGAAAAAUCAAUUCCCUCGUUGAUUUGGAUGAGGAACAAGCGGAGAUCAGCGCCGGAGGAUAAUAAACCUAGCGGAAGUGUUUGGUUGAGUUGAGAAACAAGAAAAGCAGUUUUCUUUUCGUUCAGUGUAAUAAAUUUUAAAGAGAAGAAAAAAGUGGAAAUAAUUUGUGGCUCUUUGUUGCUCGUUCAUCAGUAGCGCGAAGAAAUAGAAAAAUUGUUCCAAUAGUCGAAGCUGUUCAUUACCGGGCGGUAAUUUCGUUCCGUACAAAAGGAGGGGAAAAAAUCAAAGGAAAAAAAGGAAUGAGAGUGUGGAAAAGUGUGGAUAAUUAAACGUGUGGAAGUUUUCGGGAAAUUAUUGGCCUCCAUCUCUUCCAUCAGCAUCACCAUCAUCGGAGCAGGCGCUACUUCGUGGUGCGUGGUUAAACAUAAUUGUAAAGUGUGGUGAGAAAAAGCACGGAAAAACCGAAUCUAAUUCGAUUAAAUAUGCCGUUCUCGGCGCUGGGAGCCGUCAAUCAGAAACCAAGCCGAAAUCUGUUUGCCGCCGCCGUCGGUAGCCGUCGCCGCAGCCUCCUCUGUCAGCGCUAGCGCCAAGCGGCUUUCGCUACACUUGCUUGUGGAUUACCAGUGCGCUCUAUUGUGAAGUUGUGUGCCGUUUGUUAUUGUUGUGAUUGAAACAGUGAAAUCAGUGCAAACAAACCCCCGUUCGGUUGAGUAACCGAAAACAAGAAACAAGUACCUUCGUCGGAAAUUGCCAAGUGAAAAUCCUCCGCCACAAUGUAUCCCAAUGCAGGAAUCAACGCAGCGGCCGUCGCCGCCCGGCAUCCGGGCCCACCGCAAUCGGCACAGCCGUUCAAAUUCACCAUAACCGAAAACUGUGAUAGGAUAAAGGAGGAGUUCAACUUUCUACAGGCACAAUAUCACAAUUUAAAAAUGGAAUGUGAAAAAUUAGCUCAGGAAAAAACGGAAAUGCAGCGGCACUAUGUGAUGUACUACGAGAUGUCCUACGGUCUCAAUGUGGAAAUGCACAAACAGACGGAGAUCUCGAAAAGGUUAAAUGCAAUAAUCACCCAGAUCGUACCGUUCCUGUCCCAGGAGCACCAGCAGCAGGUCCUGACAGCGGUCGAACGGGCGAAACAGAUCACCAUGUCCGAGCUAAACGCUGUGAUAGGGCAACAGCGACCGGAUCUGCCCCGGCUUCUACAGCAGAUGCACGCCCAGCAGAUCCCCGGUGCGCACGGAGCGCCCCCGAUGCCGGUAGGCAUGCCCCACCCUAGUCUCGGCCCGGGAGCCCUGGGAGGACCUCUGGGAGCCCUCGGAAGCACCCCGCCCCAGCACCCGCUGGCCAUCCUCAACAAGCAGGAACUGCACCGGCCCGAGGAGUCCAAGAGCAGCAAUAGCAACAUUAUGCCGCUGGACGAUCGGCAUCGAAGUUCCAUUUCACCCACCGAUCGUGACAAGUACCGACCGCGGACGCCCGAGUCUUCCCACGAGCUGAAGAAGGUCAAAAAGGAGGAGAAGGACAUGGGCCAUCAGUCUGACGGGGAGAAGUCUGACCAGGAUCUCGUAGUAGACGAUGCCUCGGAAAUCAACCCGAUGAGCCCGAUGCCCAAUCAGCACCAUAAUGGAACCGCCUCCCCCCGUGAGAAUGGCAUGAUGCCGAAAAAACUAGACGUUCAGGACCGCGAACGCAUCGGAACCCACUCGCCUCGAUCAGGAACUUCCUCAAACGCUUCCACCCCGUCCAACAAGAAAAUGGACGAUAAACCAACGACACCCAUUGCCAAACCUGCCACACCGACCAACUCGGCCGCCAGUAAUGGCGUGCCGAAGGUCGUGAACAAACCGCCCGUAUUGAACCCAGGCUAUCCGCCGUACCUGGGUGGACCCCUCAACGGAGCACCUCACGAACUGCAAGCCGCCUACGGUGGCCCGGGAGUGCACAACAAUCUUCCUCACUCGUUGAACAACUAUGCCCGCGCGCCGCUGGCGUUCGAUCCACACCCGCAGAUGCGAGCCCCGCUGGGGCCGAUUGCCAUUCCCGGAGGAAAACCCGCCUAUUCUUUUCACGUGAACGCCGAAGGUCAAAUGCAGCCAGUCCCUUUUCCCCAGGACGCCCUGGUUGGACCGGGGAUCCCCAGGCACGCCCGUCAAAUCAGCUCCCUUAACCACGGCGAAGUCGUGUGCGCCGUCACGAUCUCGAACCCCACCAAGUACGUGUACACCGGUGGUAAGGGUUGCGUCAAAGCGUGGGACAUCUCCCAGCCCGGUAACAAGAAUCCCGUCUCGCAGUUGGACUGUCUGCAACGGGACAACUACAUCCGCUCAGUGAAGCUGCUGCCCGAUGGUCGGACGCUGAUCGUUGGUGGUGAAGCGUCCAACCUGUCCAUCUGGGAUCUCGCUAGUCCAACACCUCGCAUCAAGGCCGAACUGACCUCGAAUGCGCCGGCCUGCUACGCGCUGGCCAUCUCGCCCGACUCGAAAGUGUGCUUCUCCUGCUGCUCCGACGGAAACAUUGCCGUCUGGGACCUGCAGAACCAGACCCUGGUGCGGCAGUUUCAAGGUCACACCGACGGAGCUUCCUGCAUUGAUAUUAGCGCCGAUGGUACAAAACUGUGGACCGGUGGGUUGGACAACACCGUCCGAUCGUGGGAUCUCCGGGAAGGUCGACAGCUACAACAGCAUGACUUCACCUCGCAGAUAUUCUCGCUCGGCUACUGUCCGACUGGUGAAUGGCUCGCCGUCGGCAUGGAGAACUCCAACGUCGAGGUGCUGCACGCCAACAAACCGGACAAGUAUCAGCUUCACCUGCACGAGAGCUGUGUGCUAAGCUUGAAGUUCGCCGCCUGCGGCAAGUGGUUCGUGUCCACCGGCAAGGACAACCUGCUAAACGCGUGGAAGACACCGUACGGUGCUUCGAUCUUCCAGUCAAAGGAAUCAUCCUCCGUAUUAAGCUGUGAUAUCUCGGCCGACGAUAAGUACAUCGUGACCGGCUCGGGCGACAAGAAGGCCACCGUCUACGAGGUCAUCUACUAGUGUGGUGCUGGAACUAACCGCAUCAGAGAGAAAACAAAAAAAAAAGAGAACCCACCACCCCGCAAAAUUCACGGAGUAUGCAAACAACACACUGAAACAAAUAUUAACACCACUUCCGUUGACGUCUCAGUCCAAAGUCGGUGCACCAAAAGUGUCAUAUAUAGUUUGUUAGAAAAGAAAAACAAAAAGAAAGCAAACAAACAAUUUGAACAGUAGUAGUUUAAAGCAACAAAUAACAAAGGAUAAAAAAGGAAAGUAACCUGUAAAGCCUGAUUACACUCAUUAAGCUACACUUUAAGCUAAAAAGAAGAAGAAGAAGAAGUAAACAAACGAUUAACUGUGUAUAAAGUAGUGUACGUAUUGUGUCUAGAGGAAAACAAAAAAGCAUAACUUUUUGGUUGAAAGUACAGAAAUCCUAAUGUAAAAAGCCUAAGUUUUCGUUUUUGAUCGUAAGAAUAUUACAAACUAGUAGAAACCAGAAAAGAAAAAAGUGCUCUCACCUAUAAAAUAAAAUGCUACAUCUCUGACAGGUGUCCAAUUGCAGCUUGUAUUAUAUAUACAGAUAAAAGAAGAAAAAAAAUAUGAAUGAAGUUAACUUCAAAACAAAGGCAACUGUAGUUUGAUUUGAUUUCUGGAAAAAGGCUUUCUAGGAGAAACGUAAGAUUCCCGUUCCCGUUCUCGGGGAGCGAGUAGGAUUUAUUUGUUUCUAGUGGUAGAUAUUUGUUUAGUCGUCUCCUAGUUUUUUUUUUUUUUUUUGUUUAAACCGGAUCAUUAGAAGAUUGAGAAAAGAAGCUUUACUUUUUGUUGAUAAGCUCUCCCGAGAGAACCGAGAUGAACUAAUUUCGCGAAGUAUGUAUGUAAGGAUAGGUAGCUUUUAGGCGGUAGCGUAGCGAUUUAGGAUGCUUUUGUUUAUAAUAUUGUUUAGGGUCACGUGUGCUAGGAAAGCACGGAAAUGUAUGAUCUUUUUUUUUUUAAGUAGAGAGAAUGAGAGAGUGAAGGUUAAGAAGAACAAUAGUAAAUGUUAGUGAAACAACAGGAAUAAGAAGCAGCAUAGCUAGAGUUGCGUAAUUACACAAAACGGACAACGGCUGCUCGUUGCGUAGUCGCUGCGAAGUAUGUAAAGAUAACAAUAUGUAACUAUUGUUUUUUUAUGAAAAAAAAUACUGAAAAUUGUUCUUAUUUUUCAAUCAAACAG